AUGACUUCUGUCCUCGACUUCCCCCAGCUCUGGCAGAAGCCUUCUUUCCAAAGUCUGGUCGCUUGCCUUGACGCCCUUGAGAUCAAGCCCCCAUCUGGAACAAUGCCCGCGCCCAGGACAACAGCGCCGCCGAGCAAGAGGCUCAUUUCUCUCACCGGCGCGAGCGACGAAGAGAGGGAGGCCAUCUGGGACCUGGCGAGCAAGCGCAUUUCAGAACGUUCCGGGCGACAGGCUAUGGGCGAAAUCACCCGCCGGUGGCCCUUCACCAUUAGCACGAAGCCUUCGUUUGAGCUCGUCAUCAAGGAGCCCGCCCUCACGGGCGACUCCAUCGGCUUCAAAACCUGGGGAUCCUCCUACCUCCUCGCCCUCCAGCUCGAGUCCCUUGCAUCCACCCACCUCUCCCACCUUCUUAACCGAACUCUUAGUCGUCCCAAGCCCGCCGUGCUCGAGCUUGGCUCCGGAACGGGCCUCCUCGGCCUCGCCGCCGCCGCCGUUUGGGGUACUCGGGUCCUUUUGAGUGACCUGCCCAACAUAGUGCCCAAUCUCGCUGUAAAUGCCGACGCCAACGCCGCGACCCUCGAUGGCUUGGGAGGGUCCGCUGAGGUGGGGGCGCUCACCUGGGGUGGGACUGAGGAUGAGGUUGAUCAGCGACUUUUCGGAACACCCAACCAGUUUAAGAUCGUCCUCGUAGCAGAUCCCCUCUACGACGAUAUCCACCCUAGGCUCCUGCAAGGCGCUAUCAUGAACCAGCUUGCCCUUGGUGGCGACGCUCGCGCCAUUGUCAUGGUGCCUAAGCGCGACCAGACCACAAUAGGCCUACUGGAAAACUUCAAGACUUUUAUGAUACAGGGAGAGGGCGCCCUGGAUUGUCUUGAGCAGGGUGAGAUUGGCGGCCAGGAUGACUGGGAGGUCAACGAUGAUGAGGACAUCAAAUGUUGGUGGGGAAUAUUCGCACGUCGGUAG